ACAUUAAUAACGUGUUGUGGAUUUGUUUGUUUAUUUAUUUCAAUUUAUUUAUUUUUUUGACAUGUGUACCAAACGUACAAAAUUGUCUAAUUGAAGUUCAUCAAUAAAUUAAUACGAUUAUUUAAAAUUAAAAAAAAUCAAAGGAACAAUUGAGAAUUUACUUAAAAUGAGACCAAAAAGAACAUGUGUUGAAAAAGACCAACAAAUCUCUGAUGAUGGUGACAAGAAUAAAAACAAAGUUGUCAUCAAUUCACUGGUUCAUGACUCGUUAGCAAAAAUCAUCAUGUUGUUGCCAAUACCAGAACGGAUAGACAUGGAAGAAGUUUGUACCAAAUGGAAAGAUGCAUCCCAACUAGCUUGGUAUGACAUUAAAGAAUACAAAUGUGAAUCAUCAAUUGGACGUUGUUAUGAUAACUGUUUGUUGACACAAUCAUACCUCGAGAAAAUAUUAUCAAGAUGUGGUAAAUAUCUAAAAAAAUUGUCUCUCUCAGAUAUUUUCGACUCAAGGAUCAUGCCAUUUGUUGGUGAUCACUGUAAAAAUUUAACAACCUUAAAAUGUAAAUUUGAUGAUACAUUCUUAAGGUAUAAUGCUGAUCACUUUGUUCAAGCAUUUACACAAUUGGAUAAAUUAAAAUGCAUUGAAAUGUUACUAAACCAUACGACAAAAAAUGAAACAUUGAAUCUAUUUGAAAUAAUUAAUAGUCUUCCCGAAGAAAUUGAUGAAAUUCAUAUACCUAAUAAACGGUGGUGGAACGGUAAACGAGCAGUUCUUUUCACUUUGAAAAAAUUUAAAAAUCUUCAAAAACUGACUUUACAUAGCCUCUGUUUAGACGAGCUAAUUCUUCAAGAAAUAGCAGAAACAACAACACUUGUUCAUCUUCACAUUCAAUUGUAUGAUAAACACAUAGAGUUUCCUCUAUUCGAUAAACUCGUUAAUUUGGAAUAUAUUCAAAUAGAGAUUCAAAGAGAAGAUAAAGAGACGAAAGACUCUACAAAAGUACUCGACACUAUUUUUUGUAAAUGCAAAAAUCUAAAACAUCUUGAUAUUCCAAAAUACUUUUAUGAUCUUGCUGAAAUUUCUUUGGGAAAAUGGGAAAACCUUAAAAAUUUAGAAUAUCUUACUUUAUCUUGUAAUGAAAUAUUACCUGACUUAGCAGAUACAGUUGUUAAAUAUUGCAAGAAUUUGAAACACUUGUUUAUUAACCCUUUAUACCCUGAUAUAGAGGGAAAUGUUGUAAAAAAGUUUACAAAAUUGGAAAAUCUCGAAAGUUUAGAGAUUAAUGAUAAAUCCCUCAGUGAGGAAGCAAUAAUUGCAAUUUCAAACAAUUGUAAAAAACUCAAACGUUUAGAACUUGAUGAUUGCACUAUAUUAUCAACUAUUGAUGGUGGAGAAUUUUCUUCUCCAUCUGUUUUAAAUGAGUUAUCAAAAUUACAAUAUCUUGAACAUCUAAGCUUGAAUGGUACAGAAAGAAUUGACGAUAAUACAAUUAUUGAUAUUGCUAAUAAUUGUAAAAACCUAAAAUCAUUAGAUAUCUGUAGUCACGAUGAUCAUGAUAUUACUGAAACAGCUUUCGUUGCUUUAGAAAAGUUGGAAAAUUUAGAAAUACUAAGAGUAGCUUAUCGUGAUAUUUCAGACAGCUACAUUAGCAGGUUGAAAGGAUUAAAAGAAUUUUUUUGUACCGGUUGUUGGAAUCUUACUGAUACUGGUAUUAUUCAAUUAUUAAAAAAUAACCCAGAUCUUGAAGAAAUCUGUGCUUAUGAAAUAGAAAAUUUUACAAUUGACUUGAUUGUUGCUGCUGAUCAGGCAACUAAAAAUCGUACAAAUGGUAUUAUUUUACACAUAGAAAUAGAAGAUUCGUCAAUAAUUGAAGCUUCUAAGCCAUUAAUCACAUCUCAAUGGUUGGUUGUUACUGGUUAGAGCAUAGAUUUAUCCUUUAAAUUAAUUUAAAUUUAUCGUAUAUCUUUCUCUCUUAUUCAUGUACGCUUGAUAUUUUUCCAUAAUGUAUUCUUAAAAUAAACACAUACAAAAUACGUUAUCAAGUCAAAGACAUUGUAAAAGAAUAUCUUUAUUAUUAUUAUUGUUAUUAUUAGGUAGUAUCACGAAUUUUUUAACUCUAUCGUCUUGAUUAUAUAUAUAAAUAUAUGAUUUCUCUUUUCUUUUUUUUUUCGAUAAUAUAAUCAGGUUGAAAAAAAUAAGCAAAGAAAACAUUGAACGUAAGAAAUAAUAAUUAACAACAAUAAAAUAAUUGAAAAAAAAAAAAAAAAAAUUAAA